AUGUCGGGUUUGGGCCCCAAGAGAUUAAACAAGGAGCUAUUAAAGAUCUCGAGUAGUCUACCGCCUGGUAUCGCCCUGGUCUCUGCCGAGAACUUGGAAGAAUGGUUCCUUGAUAUCCAAGUCCUCGACCAGAAUCCCCUCUACGCGGGUCAGACCUACCGCCUGAAGUUCAAGUUUAGCAACUCAUAUCCCAUCGAGCCUCCCGAAGUAACAUUUGUGAAGCUGGACAACCGACAGAUACCUAUGCACCCUCACAUCUACUCGAAUGGGAUCAUCUGCCUUGACCUUCUCGGAACACAGGGAUGGAGCCCGGUCCAGAACGUGGAGAGCGUAUGCAUGAGCAUCCAGAGCAUGUUGACUGGGAAUACUAGAAACGAGCGGCCACCGGGAGACGAGGACUUCGUACGCGGGAAUCGCCUGCGACCCAGAGACAUUGAUUUCUAUUACCACGAUAACACCGUAUAA